CCCUCCCCAAGCCCCGGGGCGCGGUAGCCAGGUGGGAGAGGCCGGGGCCGGAAGGGCGAGAGGCCAGCCAGCCAGCCAGCCAGCGAAGCCACCCAUCCGCCCGCCCGCCAGGAUGAUCAAGCUUUUCUCGCUGAAGCAGCAGAAGAAGGAGGAGGAAUCGGCCGGCGGCACCAAAGGCUCCAGCAAGAAAGCCUCCGCCGCGCAGCUCCGCAUCCAGAAAGAUAUUAAUGAAUUGAAUUUGCCGAAAACAUGUGAAAUAGACUUUUCAGACCAGGAUGACCUCCUCAACUUCAAGCUAGUUAUCUGUCCUGAUGAGGGCUUCUAUAAAGGAGGGAAGUUUGUUUUCAGUUUUAAGGUGGGGCAAGGCUACCCACAUGACCCGCCCAAGGUCAAGUGUGAGACCAUGGUGUAUCACCCCAACAUAGACCUAGAAGGCAAUGUCUGCCUAAAUAUCCUCAGAGAGGACUGGAAGCCUGUACUAACAAUAAACUCUAUAAUUUAUGGCCUGCAGUAUCUUUUCUUGGAGCCAAACCCUGAAGACCCCCUGAACAAAGAGGCUGCUGAAGUCCUCCAGAACAACAGACGCCUGUUUGAGCAGAACGUCCAGCGCUCUAUGCGGGGCGGCUACAUUGGCUCCACCUACUUUGAGCGCUGCCUCAAAUAGAACUGACCGGCUCCGGGCACAGACCUGCCCUCCCCUUGCCCCAUCAUCUCCCUUCCAGCUCUCCUAUGGGACUCUGCCAACACCGCUGCCUUCAGCCAUCAAGGGGGCACAGGAGUCAGGAAUUGGCAGGGGGCCCCUUCCAUCCUCUUCCCCUCCCCUUCCUCACCCCACCCGCUCGCCUUCAUCCCGCCCUCUGCCAGCCUGGGGCCUCAGCAGCUGCUGCCUCACCAGAUCCUCAUACCUCCCUCGCCACUCUCCCUAUGUGCUGCUGUGGGGUGAGGGGUGAGGUUACUGCUGCUUCUCUACCCCACCCACGGUGUUGGGGUAGCCACCUGCCCUAUGGGGCUGGGUGUGUGGGACCCCAUGCUGGUGCCCGUCUGCCUUUCUGGGGGCUGUGGUUUUUGCUGCUAAGAACAGAAGGCUCCCUCUGUGCUCUGGCACGGCCUGCCUGCGGCACAGUGCAACUGUACUGCGUGACCUGCAGGCCACUUGCCUACCCUUUCCUCCUCCCCUGCUGGGCACCAAGGCUUCUGAGCGUAACUAUUUAUUACACGGGGGAGGCUCUCGAGGGCUGGGUGAUUCUGGAAGGCUGGAGAGGGGGUGUUCAGCCACCUCCGACCUGCCCCAGGCACUGUGGCUCUGGGGAGGCUGGGUUCAGGCCUGGAAUAUUCCUUUUAGAAUCAACUCACUUGUGUGUCUGGUUUUUAAGGAAAAAUAAAAAAAACAACAACCAAACCAACUGAUGCUAAUAAUAGUUGUAAUAAAAAUGUAAGCGGGGCAGUGCUGUUUCCAUGGCGUCCACCAGGGCCUGCCCAGCAUCGAACUCUCUCUGCCUCUCCAGUGACUCCUGCAAGCCCCUGGCCAAAAUAAAGCCACUGUACUUCUAGUUUGUCGGGUUAUUAAAGGGGAAUGUUAGCGCACUCAA